AUGUCCUUCUCCUGGGGCUCCAUGUCCUCCCCGGGGCCACCAGCCACGUCCUUCUCCAAGAAGUGCCGGCUCCUGCCCUCGUGUCCCACCAGCCCCAUGGACGCCCUGGGUGCUGCGGGGCCUCGCGGGGCGCGGAUGGAGAGCGGUUUCCGGCAAAGCCGCCCAAAACCCGCGGCUGAGCAAACCCUCGGCUGGAUUCAGCUUCGGUAUUUUUUACUGGCUCGGACGGAUCCGGACCCAAAAACCCCGGCCAGCAAAGCCUUCACCGGGUUCAUCGUGGAGGCCGACAGCCCCGGCAUCCAGGUCGGGAGGAAGGAGCUGAACAUGGGCCAGCGCUGCUCGGACACGCGGGGGAUCCUCUUCGAGGACGUGCGGGUGCCCAAGGAGAACGUCCUCCUGGGCGAGGGCGCCGGCUUCAAGAUCGCCAUGGGGGCCUUCGACAAGACCCGCCCCCCCGUGGCGGCGGGCGCCGUGGGCCUGGCCAGAAGAGCCAUGGACGAGGCCACCAAGUACGCGCUGGAGAGGAAGACCUUCGGGAAACCCAUCGCUGAGCACCAGGCGGUGUCGUUCCUGCUGGCGGAGAUGGCUCUGAAGGUGGAGCUGGCCCGCCUGGCCUACCAGCGCGCGGCCUGGGAGGUGGACGCGGGGCGCAGGAACACCUUCUACGCCUCGGUGGCCAAGGCCUUCGCCGGGGACGUGGCCAACCAGGUGGCCUCCGACGCCGUCCAGGUCUUCGGCGGCAACGGCUUCAACAGCCAGUACCCGGUGGAGAAGCUGAUGAGGGACGCCAAGAUCUACCAGAUUUACGAGGGGACGGCCCAGAUCCAGCGCCUGAUCAUCGCCCGCGAGCACCUCGCCAAGUACAAAUCCUGAAGAAACCCCUGUUUUUCCCCAAAACUUGGCCUUUUUGGGGGGAAAGAGGCAAAAAACCCCUUCCCCGUAAAACUCACACCGUCUAAAAAACCGCACAAAAUUCCCUUUUCUUUAAUUUAUUGUGAUUUUGCCGCGUGAAGGAGCAGGAGCCGGGGGGUUUCCGGGUGGUUUGUAGCAGAUUUUAUGAUUCCCUUUGGGUUUUAGCUCCGGAAUUUGGGUGAAAAAAAUGCCAAUUUCUGAGUCUCAGGGAAAUUUCAAGGGAAGGAAUUAAAUUGUGUGGCCUCGGGGGGGAAACUCCAAGAAAUCCCCCAAAUCCCCUAAAAACUGGGGUUUAGAAACUUAAAAAGUUAGAAAAAACUUGAAAAUUUAACAUUUAUUUUUAAAAUAAUGAGAAAUUAAUCUUAAGUAUUGAUUUCUGGCCCUUCUGGAUCUCGUCAACGAGGCCCCAAAUGGGGGGAAUUUGCCUCAAAAAGAGCUGCGUUUUCUGUUUGUGGUUUGAAGUGUCUGAAAGUUGGGUUAUUUCAGAAAAGACAGAAAAAUGGGGCGCUUUUUUUCCGUCCAGCCCUUAAAAAGGGUCGUUUAACCCCUUUAUUUCUGGGCCUGAAGAAACUUGUUGCGAUUAUGGAGAAAUUCUCUAUUUUCUUGUGCCUUAAUGAGGUGGUUUUUUUUCUCUGUGGAUGGAAAUUUAAGAAUAAAAUAAAGAAGAACCCCAAAAUGCUGGGGUUUGGCACCAAAAUGA